UCAACAAGUUCAACUCAGUGAAACAUUACUUAUCAUUUCUAAAAUUUGAUUGGCGAUUAGAUUAAAACAAGUGGGAAUGUGUAUUUUAGCAAGUAGUUGCGAUGUGUUCAUCACCAACUAACUCGGUUUUGUGGUGGAAUCUCUUAAACUCCGUCCUGUAAGUUUCUGAAAAAAAACCAUCUUAAUCUUGGAUUUUGUAUAUCCAAAAUUGUGUAUGUCACAAAUGUUUGAUGUAUGUGCAUGGGAUGUAGUAAGUGUGGCGUACUUUUCACAAACCUCCUAUGUCUAAUUCUUAAAUAUACAAGUCAAUGCAUUGGUAUGCCUGCCAGUUAUGAAACCCACCUUACGCACAAGUUUGACAGCAGCGUAAGCAAGAGAAACUAGAAACGAAUCUAAGCAACCAACUUUUCGUAUAAUUUACUACGCCAUUUUGUGUAACAAUGCUGGGCAUUUUGUUCUUAACGACAUUCAUCGCGACGCUUGUGUACCUGAUCGUCAAGAUAACGUUUUAUUGGAGAUGGCAAGGGGUGAAACAGUGCGGUCCUUUGGAUUUGUGGCGAACCUUUUUUAAAUUGCUCCUCCAAUUUGGGCCCGAAUGUGAAACUUUGGCCGAUUUGCAAAAACGCUACCCCGAGGAACGAUACAUCGGAAUUAACAUGUUUACCUCCAACCUUUUGCUGAUAAAGGAUCCUGGUUUGGUGAAGGAGGUUGCGAUUAAGGAAUUUGAUUCGUUCGUCAAUCAUUACGCGUUUGUAAAUGAAGAAGUGGAACCGUUGUUCGGAAGGGCCCUGCUUUUGUUACAAGGGGAGCGCUGGAGGUCGAUGAGAUCCACUCUCAGCCCAUCAUUUACCAGUAGCAAAAUGCGCGGGAUGUUCAGGCUCUUUGAAGAAUGUACAGAGCAAUUCAUUGGGUAUUUGCAAGAAAAGGGCUCGUCGGGGAUUGACGUAGAGCUAAAAGACCUACUCACCAGGUUUUCAAAUGACGUCAUUGCUUCCGCUGCGUUUGGGCUGUCGUGCAAUUCGCUUAAGUGUCCUGAAAAUGAGUUCUACCUAAUGGGCAAGGAACUGACGAACUUAUCGGGUUUCUGGAAGAAUAUUAGCUUAUUAAUCGUCACGGUGUUUCCACGUGUUGCAAAGUUCUUAGGUGUCAGAUUCUUUAAUCCGAAAGCGAACGCUUUCUUUCGAAAUUUAGUCAAAUCCACGAUUGAUGCCAGGGAAAAGAGUGGAAUUCUGCGACCAGAUAUGAUCCAUCUGCUACUGGAGGCAAGAAAGGGUCGACUGAAGCACGACGUCGACGCCGAUGCUAUCGACUCCGAAUUCGCGUCGAUUGAGGAGUCGGCCAUUGGAAAAGAAGCGAGCAAAAUCGAACUUUCCGAUGACGAUUUAAUAGCGCAGGCGCUCUUAUUUUUCUUUGCGGGUUUCGAGAGUGUCGCCAACUUGAUGUGUUUCACUGCUCACGAACUUACCGUGAACUGCGAUGUGCAAACACGCUUACAAGAGGAAAUUGAUGAGACCUUACGGAAACACGAUGGGGUAAUUACCUACGAAAGUCUGUUGAAAAUGAAGUACCUCGACAUGGUGCUAUCCGAGUCCUUGCGAAAAUAUCCCAGUAUAACCUUAUCCGAUCGCGUCUGCACCAAACCGUUCACCAUCGAGCCGGUACACCCAGGAGAGAGACCGGUACAUUUACAAAAGGGCACCAUUGUCGGAAUACCCAUAUUCGGCAUGCACCGUGAUCCCAAAUUUUAUCCCAAUCCCGAACGUUACGAUCCGGAACGAUUUAGUGACGAGAACAAGUCAAAAAUUGAGCCUGGUUCUUAUCUUCCUUUCGGCAUUGGUCCCAGAAGCUGCAUCGGUAACCGGUUUGGCUUACUCGAGGCGAAGAUGUUAAUUUUUAAGUUAUUCCAACACUUUAACGUAGUUGUCAUUAAGGAAACUCAAGUUCCCAUCAAGCUGAAACCUAACCACUUUUCAUUGAGCGUUGAGGGGUUUUGGGUGGGGCUUGAGCCCAGACCCUGAGGUAUACUUUUGUAAUGUCUCUCAUAAUUUAUUG